AUGGACUCGGAUCGUUCGCGUUGUCAGGAGCUCUUUGGCCUCAAACUCGGCAUCGAGGUCGAAACUGUACCCAUUAUGGUGCAGGACAAUGUCAUUGUCUUCCAGAUCAAGGCGCACGAGCUUCGUACCAAGAGCAAGACUGAGCUGCUCCGCCAGCUGGACGACUACCAGCAGGAGUUGGCUCAGCUGCGCGUGUCGAAAGCCAUUGGCGGUGCUGCGUCCAAGCUGAGCAAGAUCGGCGUGGUCCGCAAGUCGAUCGCCCGCGUCCUGACGGUGUACAACCAGAACCAGAAGAUCAAGCUUCGUGCGGCGCUGCGUGGCAAGAAGUACAUCCCGCUGGACCUUCGCCGCAAGAAAACGCGCGCCAUUCGCCGUCAGCUUACGAAGCACGAGAAAUCGAUCAAGACUCCCAAGCAGUUGAAGAAAGAGGCGUACUUUCCUAAGCGUCGCUACGCGCUGAAGGCGUAA